CAUUUACUAGGCUAAGAGAUAAUCGGUAAUCAGAUCACGCACAAAGUAGCCGACCCAUCGUGCAUCUCUGCAAUAUCGAAAUUUAAGUAUACAGGACAUAUGUUACUGGUAUAAUACGAUUGUUUUGUGACGCUAGUGAUCUGCGUGAUGGGAACAUAUCCACUUGUGAUCAAGCUAGAGGGAGUGGACGUCUACCCAGCUCGGACAGAGGGACUCCCAAAUGUGUUCAAUACUCCAAAUUUCACCCUCGUCAAACCAAAUUGGGUAGCUGAUGAUGUGGUUGCAUUUUGUAUUCUGUGUAACAACAAGUUUAACCAGCUCCGACGCAAACAUCAUUGUCGUCAGUGUGGACGAGUGUUGUGUGGCAAGUGCUGCAAUGAAAAAGUCCAGCUUCCACACAUGGGAAUUUCCCAACCAGAGCGAGUAUGUGAUUCCUGUCUACCUGUGGCAAAUUUAGUCACUAAAUCCAGAUCAACAUCAUUGCAACACCAGAUAAAGGCUGCUGAGGGUUUAGUUAAACAGCUGAUAGAGCCUCAUGGUUUAUGCAGAGUAGUGGAACUCGGAGGUUUACAGACUUUGGUGGCUCUAGGGAGGAUUGAUAAUUAUAUACUCGCGAAGUGUGUUAUGAACGGCCUACACCAGUUGUCUAUGCACCACCCUUUACAUAAAAUAUUGGUGGAAAUUGGUGUUGUCUGCUCAAUCUGCAAUAUAUUGAUGCGUUCCACGAGUGAAAAUGAACAGAUGAAGUUAGAUGGCAUUAGUGCUCUCAUGAUUUUCUGUAAAUCACCAGAUUUGAGGGCUAAGGUUGUAAAAGAUGGUGUACUGGACCCUGUACUGAAGUUGUGUGCCCCUGGCAACAGUUACACCGUAGCACUCCUGGCGGUCAGUACACUGUCUAUGAUAGCGGAGAACCAGAACACCCAUUCGAGUAUCAUGGGCAGUGAGCACAACGUUCUGUAUAAUAUUUUGUGCCUCACAGCGUCCAGUGAUGAACAGAUGCAGGAAGUAUCACUUAAAGUCCUGUCAUUUCUGUCACUGGGCUCAAACUUUCACAUACACAGGAUAAUACAGGAGGAUUUUACCUCAGGAAGGAGUUUAAUGAAAGUCAUCAAAAGCCAACCCCAUAAUGACCAAGUGUUAGUUAAUUGUGCUUGUCUUAUUGGUAACCUAGCAACCAAUGCAGAAGACCAGGGAGGCUUACAGGAGUUGAUGAAAUGUUUGUGUGAGGUGUUGAAAUCAGACAUCAAAAACAGAGAACUACUCGCACAACUGGCACGAGGAAUCGCAAACUUCGCUAAAUUUGAGCAAAAUGCAGAUAGUUUGAUGAAGUACCUCACACUUAUUGUGUUUAAAUGUCUCAAAUCAAGUCACCAUGUUUCAAAAAUGCAUGGGAUUAGAGUGACUCUACAUUUGUUGUCUCACAGGCCCAAAACUACCACUGAGGAACUUACCAGGAAUGGAGCGGAUGCACUGCUGGAAGGCAUUGCUAGACUGCCUGGUUUGACCCAGGCUGUACAAGCCUCCCUACUGGCUGAUGCUCCUGAAAAAUCUGCAUGUAUCCCGAUGUCUAAAACUGGCCACUACUGACCAAUACGAUGAAC